GGGAAGCACAUUGCUUUUCCUGCACAUACCACAGCAAUUUGCUGUUGCAACAUCUCCAGCUACUAACAUUUGGACGGGGGACUAAGGCGACCGGGUCCCAUUGUAGGGCCACGCCUAAUGGAGAGGCCGGACCUCCGGAGGCUUCUGCGCCUGCGCCGUCGAUUACGUUGUGCAAGCUGGAAAUCACUUUGUUUUCACCAAACCGCUGCAAACAUUUUCAACUUUUACACUUUUUUGCAGAUUUUCUUUUCUUUACAGACUACAACACUGUAUUUGCAUUUCCACGGUUUCCUUCUUUUUUCGUUGGCAGCGAUGUUCCAGAAGACGUUCAAGAAUUUCAACAUCAACUUUAACAUGUUGGAAGGGAGACGCGCUUUCUCCAGCGGCGACCUAAUAAACGGGGAUGUGUGUUUCGAUCUCACGGAGAAGACCAAAAUCACUUCCAUAACGAUGUCUCUGAAGGGACUCGUCCACGUCCACUGGUCCACUGGAAGCAGCGGAGGUAGAAAAAGGCGAAGUACGCGAAGAACCUUCUCGGCAAAGCUGAUUCUCUUCGAGUUAAAGAGCGAUAUCUUCCACAACAACCGUGGUACGCGCUCACGGAAGUCGCCUGGAUGUUGCGUGACAAUGCUACAAACAGUCAAGCUUUGUUGAGUAAAAAGUCACUGAGUUUGUGUUUGCCUUGCAGCAGUUGGUGGAGCCGAAGCGCUUUUGGCUGGCACGUAUAUGUAUCCAUUUACAUGUCAGAUCCCACCGGGUGACUUCCCGUCCUCCUUUCAAGGGGUUCAUGGAAAAAUAGCCUACACCUUGACAGUGAGCAUCCAUAGACCCUGGCAUCUGAGCAAGGAAUUCACAACAGAGUUGAACUUUGUAAACUGCAUUAAUAACAACAACCAGGAGCUAUGGGCUCCCCUCCGAGGUUCAAACAGCGUCACUCUGGGCUGCCUGUGGUGUGUCUCGGGUCCUGUCUCCUUAACGGCCACCUUAGAAAAAAAAGCUUUCUUUCAAGGUGAAACUGUAAAAGUAAUGUGCUUGUUCAGUAACGCUACAUCUACAUCUCGCACCCCAAAGCUGAAGCUGGUGCAGAAGCAGAGUUACUUUACAGCCAACAGGACCUCGCAGAGGAUUCUUCACAAGUCCUUGCUGUCACUGACCGGAGAGCCCGUCGUUGCUUACGCCUAUAAUGUGUACACCGAGAUCAUGCUCACCAUUCCCUCGUCUGCAGCGAUCACCAUCUCCAACUGCAGCAUCCUGGUCGUCGAGUACAUUAUCGAGGUGAGCCUCCGCAGUGCCACAGUGCUUUUCCCCAUCAUCCUGUAUAGUCCGGUAAACGCUCGCCAGCCUCCAUUGAUGUGAGUAAAUACACUGCCUGGCCAAAACAAAAACGUUGCAUUUAGCUUUCAUUACAGUAGCAUUUGCUGUGGGAUAAGAAGCUUCUGCAGUGCCCCAAGAUUUAUUUCCAUCCAGUGCUGCAUUCAUUUUUCGCCAAGAUCUUGUAUUGAUGAUGGGAGAGUCUGACCACUGCGCAAAGCCUUCUAAAGCACAUCCCAAAGAAUCUCACUGGAGUUAAGGUCUGGACAAUCCAUGUGUGAGAAUGAUGCUCCCUGAACCACACUUUGACAAUUUGAUCCUGAUGAAUCCUGGCACUGUCAUCUUGGAAUAUGCCCGUGCCAUCAGGGAAGAAAAAAUCCAUUGAUGGAAGAACUUGGUCAUUCAGUAUAUUCAGGUAGUCAGCUGACCUCAUUCUUUGGGCAUAAUGUUGCUGAAGCUAGAGCUGACCUACUGCACCAACCCCAGAUCAUAGCACUGUGUCCACAGGCUUGUACAGUAGACACUAGGCAUGAUGGGUGCAUCAUUUCAUCUGCCUCUCUUGUUACCCUGGACAGUUGGACAGUUCUUAACCCAGACGUUUUCUCUGCUUGAUGCAUGCCAAACAUUUGACCCUUCUCAAACAUCUUUCCCACAUCUACGAGGUGCGUCUUUCGACAUGGCUGUUUAAGAAAUGAGGAACUACUCAUUGCACCAGUUGGGGUUAAAUAACGUGUUGUUUUCAGCCGAAACUUGAAGCCGAACAUGUUUUCGCCUGAUUAUUAUUAUUAUUAUUGUUAUUAUUAUUAAGUCUCCUAGUUGUCUCAUUUCAAUGAGCUUAUUAUAGUAUUCAUUUAAAAAAGUGUCUCUGUUUACAUUUUGGGGAUUCAUUGUUCUAUAUAUCACUGUACCACUGCAUGUACAAUACUUUUUGUUUGCUUGUUUACAUUAGUUUUGUUUUCAUUUCAUUUUUCUGUUUUGUCUUUGUCAUGUCAACUUUCUUCCAAUACCUCCAGUUUAGAUUUCACUGAUACAGAAUGUAAUGAUGGAUUUGUCGUGACGACUGUGCGUUCAUUCCCAACACACAUUGACGUCGCUUUAGUUACAACCAGUUUACAGGCGCCCAAAAGUGUUUGCGCUGACGUUAUUCUGCAUCCAGCCUUUGGUCCGAUUCAGAUCCUCAAAAGGCACCUUUCUCCCAGCUGAUGCUCAUUAUAUGCCAAAUUAUAGCAUAUACCGUUUUUGUUUGUUUUUACCUUAAUAGUCUAUGUAAUUGACAGCCAGUAGGUUUUUUUUCUGUCAAGAACAAUUACAGUAUCUGGAUUUUAUUAAGAAAUGACAAUUUUGAAAAAUUAGAAAACCUUUAUUAAUCCCACAAUGGGGAAAUUGCACGUUUUAAAGCACGGAAAAUUUGUAAAGGAUUGAAAACGAAAAUCUGUUGUUAUUAUCGUAAUUAUUCUGAAACCAAAGCUAAUGUGCCUCACAGAGCUUAUGUUUUGAGGUAAACCGCCCUCCCCCGUAGAGCUUCCUUUUAAGGAGUCUCCACAAGUUCUCAAUAGGGUUGAGGUCAGGGCCAGAUCAUUGUUUUUCCUCAUCUGUAUUUUAUGCAGCAUAGAGUGCUUUCACGUACUUUGUAAAGUUAGUUUUAACUCUUUCAGGCAUCUUAAAGGGGCCUGAACUCACUUGCCAUGAUUCCAUCUCAAAGCAUCACUCCAGUCUGGACCAUCCAGUGUAACAAGGAAUUAAUUCCACUUUAUGCACAUCAGCAAGAAUCUAGAGGAUCUCGCUCUUGUUUAAUUUAAAUAUUUGGAUUUAAAUUGGGACACAGUGCCGUUAUUCUUUACUGCCGUAUAAUGUUGCUACAAAAUUUGAAGGAGCAACACAAACCCAGCUGUUUCUGUGUUUUUUAAUCUUUGUACUUCUAUCUGUGAGUUGCUUGCUGCCAUUUUAUCAUAUGAGUUGAUAGAAAGUUCAUACCAGAGGUUACUUUUGACAUUCUUUACAGUCUUUCUGCUAUCAACUUUAAGAUAACUGUUUAAAAUAACUUUAACUGUGAGCUCAAGAGUCACUGCGCCAUCACCUCAGGGACUCCUUUUCUAAUUGUUGACUGAACAGAACAAUUUUACAGUCAGUUUUUUAAUAAACAUAACAGCUUUAGCUGUUACAAGGCUUCAGGUAAGAGCUUCUCACACACCAAAGAUAAAGAUGUUGUUUCUGCAUGAACACUAUUAUUAAUAUUGUAAUCUGUCUGCCUAGUAAGCUUUAUCAUUCCAAUAUGAAAUAACAUUUAAACAUGUUAACUUGUCUCAACCUUAUGCCAAAGACAGCUUUCAGUUUGGCUGUAUGUCAUUUGUAGAUCUGUUGCAGGUGAUAAUAAUUUUUUUAUGUCAGUA